AUCAAAGGUGUAUUACGUGAUACUGGCUCUCUUCUGAUCACCCUCCGCGUUUAGAAUCUCUCAACUCUAAGGAUAUCCAGACGGCAGUUAUAGAAAGAUGGAAACAAAAAAGAAUCCUCUACUCCUAAGAUAUGGAUGGAGAAAUUUCAGACCGGGAUAUCUUCAGUUUAUGAACAACUCCAAAUGUUUCUUGCUAUUUGCCACUGCUUUCAGUAUUAGUCAAGGAAUGACUGUUGGUGGUAUAAGCUCUGCCGUCCUCACAACCAUUGAAAAGCGAUUCCAGUUUACUAGCAGAGAAACAGGGUUCAUCGCUGCUUCCAAUGAUAUUUCUGCCAUUCUUCUUACAUUUAUCGCCAGUUAUUGUGGCGGCUAUGGAAAUAAGUCCAAAUGGCUAGGAUAUGGAGCUCUGAUAACAGGUGUUGGAUGCUUCAUACAUGCCCUUCCCCACGUUAUAAUCGGACGAUAUCAACCAGAGGCUGACCACGGAGCCUCUACGGGUCAAAGGCAGCUCUUCUGUCACGUGAACACCACAAACACAACAUCGGAUUUAGAGGGUUCCCAGUGUUUAUCGAAAUACGCAAAGAACUGGUACUACCUGAUGAUCUUUUCGGUUGCGCAAAUGGUCAUGGGAGCUGGAACGUCACCCCUGUACUCACUAGCGCCCGCUUAUAUCGACGAGAAUGUCCACCCAAAAUCGUGUCCAGUCUACUUCGGUGUUUUCUUCGCAGCAGCAAUUGUUGGUCCUGGGUUAGGGUUUCUUGUUGCAGGUGCGAUGCUUACAACCUACGUUGAUCUUAAUUGGUGGAAGCCUUCUCGUCCUUACUAGUGUGGCCCUUUCAGGAUUUCCACGGCAGCUUCCUGGUGCCAAAGAAAGGAGGGAACAAUUGUUGAAAGAAAGAGCCAUUCCUUUAAAAGACCAAAACGUAAUGGAGAACCUAAAAAGUAUUAUCCCAGCGACAAAGCAGCUUCUCAAGAAUCCUGUCUUCGUUUUUAAUGCUUUGGCCCUGUCGGCAACCACUUUUGGUAGCGCUGGCGUGGGGCCUUUCCUUGUGAAAUUCCUUUAUCUAAAGUUUAAUCUAAGUUUGGCCAUUGCAGGGCUGGCCGUUGGGAUAGCGGUGGCUCCUGGUGCUGGAGGUGGUGUUUUCUUGGGAGGUCUUGUUGUCCGUCGUUUCAAGUUAAAAGAGACACUCCUUAUGGCAGCUAAAUGCUGUUUGAUUAUCAAGGUUGCCACAAUAUUUACAAGUCUUAUUUGGCUAAUACCCGGAUGUGACGAGGUGCAACUUGCUGGGAUAGUCAAACCGUACUGGGACAGCACAAUGGGAGGAAAUUCUUUAAUUUCAACAUGUAACAAAAACUGCAGUUGCCCUCUAUCCCUGAUCAGACCUGUGUGUGGCUCGGACAAAUUAACAUACUUCUCUCCUUGUUUUGCUGGUUGCACUUCAUCAGACACUAGUGGGGUUUACACUGGGUGCAACUGUGUCUCGCCACCUUUUAAUGUCUCAACACCCUUGGCUUCUCGUGGAUUAUGUGACAGAGGCUCAGGCUGCAAAAAUUACAUCGUAUUUUUGGUCGCUGUGCUACUUCUGGUGAUGGCAGGUUUUACACUUUCUGUACCAAACAAGACUGUUGUACUUAGGUCAGUUCCUGACAACAUUCGCUCCUACGCAUUUGGCUUACAGUUUGUAUUCCAGCGAACUCUUGGAUUCAUUCCCGGACCGAUAAUUUACGGUUGGUUGUUUGACACUCGCUGCCUCGUUUGGGCGGAAAGCUGCGGCAGAAGAGGCAACUGUCAGUUUUAUGACGUACAUAGUUUGUCCUAUGGCAUCAUGCUUCUCGCCGGAAGUUCCCAUGUGUUGGCUUCUUUAUUCUAUUUCAUUUCAUUUUGGUAUUGUCGCAAACGAACUACUUUAGACGAAGCGAAGAGCGUCAGGAAAACGGUAGAAUACGGCAAGAAAUUAAAUGAUCAGGACACAAGUGUGUAAGGGAAGUCAUGGGUUCCAAAUCUGUUCUCGAAUCCUUUUAUAAAAAGUGAUUAAUGGACACAACUCUAAUUGUCUUAGUGCUAGCUUCUUGGUGUCAACAUUAACAUUUUUAUCAUGGAGGGUGAGGUUUUUAACGUGACGCAUAACUGAAGCCCAAAUUAAUUCGUGACGCGUGACUUUUACAAAUAUGCAUUUGAAGUUUUGCCUUUUAAAUUGGUGACGCGUGAAAUACUGUUCAAAAUACACGUGACGCGUGAAUUUUUUUGAUCAACGAGAUCGGAACCCUCU